CCAAAGUGACCAAAGACCUCAACUCGUUACGAACCUAGAUCGGAGAAACGGUGAGGAAACGGAGCCAGUGAAAAUUAUGGUUCCCGGUAUUUUUGUUGCUCGGAUAUGAGGAAUUAGUGGGGCUAAAGACUUUGGACGUAACCGUGUUAAAACGUUAAAAUCGAAUUUUGUUGUUAAAAAGUGAGUUCGUUUGUUUUCAGUGAAUUUGGUCUUGGGGGAUUAGUGAGGACUCAACAGGUAGUGCUGCAAGGCACUUGGAGGGCAGCAGCGUUUGUACAUCCGUGAAUCUUCACGGAUUCUAGCCUAGAGUAAACCGAACCAAAAUUACGAAACACCUUCACAACACUCGAGGAAAAACGCAUACGAGUUUGAUCUCCUCAUGGCGCAAACAGAUACACCGACAGAAAAACAACCCACGAGGGAUGCUUCACAAAAGGACCUCGAGAACGACAACGCGAAGAGUGAUGACAGCGACAAAAACGUGCGAAUUGCGAAUAGAACGCUUACAUCAAACGACGACAACGAUAUCGUCGAUGAUGACGAUGAUGGGAGCAAUGUAGACAUCGCAGAAAGACUUGGAGAAUUUUCCCAAGCGAACGAUAAAUCGAUUGACUUAGCUGCUAUGUCGGGUGCGAAGAAGGGUGAGAGACAAACGUUUAUUCAUAGUUACAGCAUUUCGAAAUCAUCGUGGAGAUCGUGGGCAUCGAAAGUUGCUGCUACCUCCAAUAUCGACGUCGCAUUAAGGAAUAUUUCUCUUCUCCAUGCGUGUUGUUCUCUCCUCCUCAUCUUGAUGGGGAUUAUGGGCGUGGUCACUAAGAGUUACAUGUCCUACCUUGUUAUUCCCAUCUGGAGUCCAAUCUUCUUCUUCUUACCAACUAGCUUUACAGGGCUCCUGACGUACUCAAGAUUACGGAGUCAUUCAUCGAUCCAGAGAUUAAUCAUUCUUUCGUCACUGUCCACACUGCUCUCGUUAUGUUUGUGUAUAGUCUUCGCAUCCUUCAUCUUUCGAGAUGGACAACUUGAAUCAGAUUGUAGACCGUCUCCAGCAAUCUUAUCUUCAGCGUGUCGGCAAUCGGUAUAUCGUGUGCUGAUCAACGCUGUGAUCGUCUUCAUCUACGUCAUCGAGUUGAUCGCUUCUAGUUCAUCUCUACUUGUCUGCCUUAUUGUAAAACCUGGAUGUGCAAAGAAGUCCUUCGACACAGAACAAUUACUAAUCUCUAGGACCAGUAUGUCCUACAAAAGGCUAGCUGCAGCAGACGAACCGGUGGACUAUUUCGAGGAUAGAUCUGACCCACUCACCAAUAACAACGCAAGCAACAACAUGUAUCCGCGAAGUCUGAGUGCGCCAGCUAUCGUCAAUCUCUCUACAACUCGGCCCUACACUGAUUAGUUUUACAGUGGGACUAUAAAAGUCGCGAUGUGUUUUUUCCGGGGUGGUUUUGGUGUUGUCAUUUGCUGUUUCAUAUUUAUCUAGAAUUUUUUUUUCAAGGGGUUGAUGGAAUCCACUCCAGACGAAGGUGCUUCAAACAUUCUAGACUAUAUCACGACCGUCUAGAACGAAAGACGGGUGAAAAACUGUUCAAUGAUAUGGAUAUCAGGUUUAACAUUAAAGCUUAUCAACACUAGUGUGGCUAGGAGGGAUUAGACCACACAGCGAGGUCACUGACAGGUGGCUAUCUCAUCAAC